UUGAACAUCCAUCGUCUUGACAUGUAUCCUUCAAUCCCCUAAAUAUAGAUAUAUAUAUAUUUUUUGUUUUGUUUAAUAAAUGACGUUAAUAAGGCUGAACGUGGACACAGUGCUGGAUACAGAAAACGUGCUUCACAUUUCAUUUUCUUCCUAGGAGCAUCUGUGUAACUGUACUAUGUAAAAUGCAUAAAUGUAUUUACCCAAGUACAGUACAAAACCGCAUGGCAAACAUUGAAAAAAAAAAAGAAAUGGGAUUAAGUGGAAUAUUUUGUGUUUGCUGGUGUAUUUUUAUUAUUAUUAUUACGAUAAUGCCAAAUGUCUGUCAAAUUUCAAUUUUUCCAAUUUAGUUUUUUUGGUUUCAGAUUUAAAACAACAAAGAAGUCACUUUUUCGUGUUUAAAUUGCCAAGUGAAAAUAGAGAGAACAAAUGAUUGUUCUUGUUUUACCCCGCCAAAGAUUCGAUUGUUCUCAUUAUCCGCAGCAUGACUGUUCCACUUUUUCCAGGAGAGGGCAGGCGACCCAACAAAAGAGCGCACGUCAGGGUGACAUUAAUUCUAUGACGUAAUAAUACAAACAAAAGCUAUCAUCUCCCUUGAAGUGAUGACACGGGCUGAACAUUGCUCAAAUAAACAUACACCCAGUUUGUUUGGACUUAGUAUGACCCGUUUAUGUUGUCCUCAUGAUUUUCCUUUGGGAUUUGAAAGGAGGCAGCAACUUGGACAUGGAUGAAAAGUCAGUCAGUAAAGAGUUGGACAUGUGGAUUGAACAGCUCAAUGAGUGCAAGCAACUGCGGGAAAAUCAAGUCCAAGAACUUUGUGAAAGGGCUAAGGAGAUCCUGGAAAAGGAGUCCAAUGUGCAGGAGGUGAGAUGCCCGGUGACGGUUUGUGGAGAUGUUCACGGUCAGUUUUAUGACCUCAUGGAGCUUUUCAAGAUUGGCGGGAAGUCCCCCGACACCAACUAUCUCUUCAUGGGCGACUAUGUGGACAGAGGCAAUUAUUCUGUGGAGACAGUGACACUCCUUGUUUGUUUGAAGGUCAGAUUUCGUGAAAGAAUCACCAUUCUGAGAGGGAACCAUGAGACGAGACAGCUCACGCAUGUGUACGGCUUCUACGACGAGUGCUUGAUGAAAUAUGGAAAUGCCAAUGUUUGGAAGUACUUUACUGAUCUUUUCGAUUAUUUGCCCUUGACUGCUCUGGUAGAUAACCAGAUUUUGUGCCUGCAUGGAGGAUUGUCUCCUUCAAUAGUCACACUGGAAAACAUCCGAGCGCUGGAUCGCUUGCAGGAGGUUCCUCACGAGGGUCCAAUGUGUGACCUGUUAUGGUCCGAUCCAGAUGAGCACUGUGGAUGGGACAUCUCUCUCCGUGGUGCCGGUUACACCUUUGGCCAGGACAUCUCAGAGACUUUUAACCAUGCAAACGGCCUUACUUUAGUUUCACGAGCCCACCAGCUGGAAAUGGAGGGCUUUAACUGGUACCAUGACAAAAAUGUUGUGACGAUCUUCAGUGCACCAAACUAUUGUUAUCGUUGUGGAAACAAGGCAGCGAUCAUGGAAUUUGAAGACACACUGAAAUGCUCCUUCCAACAGUUUGACCCCGCCCCGCGCAAAGGAGAGCCCCAAUUGUCGUGGCGAUCUCCAGACUACUUCCUCUAAAGAUCUUGAGAUGGUGACCUUUGGUCAAUGUGUGCCACCAUAUUGAUAAAGAACUGGAAGCAGGAACUCUAUCAUAGACCUCUGCGCAUCAAAAAGACUGCAAAACUAUUGUCAAUAAGGAAGGACAUUUGCGUAAUAUCACUUAGGCCAGUGAUGUAUCAUUAUCAGAGAUCUGAAAUUAUUCUGUUCUUUGUGCAAUAUUUUAUUUUCUGUCAGAGCAAUGGCAUCACAUUUUGCAUACUCUGAAAAAUUGCAAAUGGUAUCAACUGUGAUGAUAACUUCAUAGUUUGCAGACACUAAUUAAGCACAGAUGCCUAGAAAUACUUAAUUGAGCGAUGAUGCCAAAGGAAAAAAAAGACUGUCUGGGUGAUACAUAACUGCAUAUUAUAUAAAUUCACAGAUACCAUGCAUAUAGGGCUUGUAGGGUCUAUGAAUGGCGUGGGGUGUCUGGGUGAUACAUAACUGCAUAUUAUAUAAAUUCACAGAUACCAUGCACAUAGGGCUUGUAGGGUCUAUGAAUAGCGUGGGGGUUGCCAUCAGAGUAAUCUAAUUUGACACAUGAGAAGCGUUGUAAUUUUCUGUCAUGCUGUGAUGUGAUCUCUCUUUGCAGGGGCAGAUGAGUCCCAAAUACCUCCAAAGUCGAACACCACAAAAGUGGUACAGCUUGGACUUCUACCAAUUUUCUGGGGGCAAUAAUAGGACUUCAAUUUCACCAAAAGUGUUAAAACCAUGUGUAACUGUCUGUGAAACAGAUUUCAUUCCUUAUGUAAAUUAAUUUUUCAUGUUAUAAAAAUACAAAUUAGA